AUGAAAGGUGCAGUCCUUGAAGUACUUCUUGUUAGUGCUGAAGGCAUCGAUCACAGGAACAUUGUUGGGACACCAACUUAUCAUGUUAUUGUUCUAUGUGGCACUCAAGUAUGCAGAAGCAAGACUUCAUCAGGGAACCCUGAUAAAAUAUACUGGAAUGAGAAAUUUACAUUUGAACUGCCACCAUCCGAAUUAGAAAAUCUUAGCCACCUUAAACUUAGAAUCGUAAACGAGGAGUACUUCACUGAUGGCGAAUUUGUGGGUGAAACCAUAAUUUUCCUGAAAGGAAUAAUUGUGGAGAGUAAUUACAAAGGCUUGGUAGAACUGAAUCCAGCCCCGUUCAACGUGGUGCUCGAAGAUGACACUUACAAAGGACAGAUAACAGUAGGAUUGAAGUUCAUCCCGAAUACUGUUCUGCAAAUGAAUAGAAAACAAUGCAUUCAGGAGGAACGAGAUAUAGAUGAAUCCUUAUGCAAGAUGGUUGUGCGUCUCUGGGAGAUGCCGUGGUGGGGGCAUCUCUUUUCAAAUAAGCACAAAGAGAAUUAG